AUGGCCAAACUCGCCGCAGCAGCAGGGCCCCAGCGGGCCCCGCUGUCUCUCUGCUUCUCUUCUUUGCUGCUGCUGCUCCUUGCAGCAGCAGCAGCAGCAGACAGCGCUGUCAAAGGCUCGACCGCAGCAGCAGCAGCAGAAGCAGCAGCAGCAGCAGCAGCAGCAGCAGAACCGGGCUUCUCGGGCCUCGAUGCCUAUGAAGAAGAUGAAACUAGUGCUGCUUCCUUCUUACAAGGAGAAGCAGCAGCAGCAGCAAAUGAUGAGGCCUUUUGGGACUCGGAGAUAGAAGAGGAAGAAGAAACAGACGAAGAGGCAGGAGAGCAGCAGCAGCAGCAGCAGCAGCAGCAGCAGCAAGGAGACACGGAAGCAAACUUCACAAGGGACCCUUACGGCGCCCCCUCCUUUGCUCAGGGGAACAGCAGCAGCAGCAGCAGCAGCAGCGGAGACGCAGAGAUGGAAGAUGCCACAGCAGAAUUCGACGAAGAAGCAGACUCUGAGGAGGCCGAAGCCAGCAGCAGAAACAGAAGCAGCAGCAGCAGCAGCGCAGCAGCAGCAGCAGCAGCAGACCCAGAAGCAGCAGCUUUCGUGCAAAUGAAAGUCAUUAGGGCCAUAAAGCCCCACAGCUACGCGCAGCAAGCGAGCGACCAAACAGCAGCAGAAGAUGAAAUGCUGAGAGAAGCAGCAGCAGACUCCGACGCAGCAGCAGCAGCAGCACCAGCAGCAGCAGCAGCAGACGAAGCUGGAGAAAACGAGGAAGCAGAAGAUAUGGGGCCCCUCUCCGUGGCGGACAGAGAUGGGGACAACUACGGGGGCCCCGCAGACCCUGUGAUAAAGUACGGGGGUUCGCCAAGUGAAGAUUUGCUGCCAGAAAGAGCAGCAGCAGGAGAAACAGCAGCAGCAGCAGGAGGCGAAGCAGCAGCAGCAGGAGGCGCAGCAGCGCGGGGCGAGGAGGAGGACGCAGCAGCAGCAGCAGCGGAGCGGCUGGACGUGCGGGCGGAGGAGGAGGCCGCAGCGGAGGCCGCAGCAGCAGACGCUGCAGCAGCAGACGCUGCAGCAGCAGAUGCUGCUGCAGCAGAAGCAGCAGCAGCAGCAGAAGGGGGGCCCCUACUCACUGACACAGAAAUCGAACAAGAUGUUCAUCUUUCUUUUCCCCGCCUCAAACAGCCCCAGCCCCACACAGUCCAGCGCCGUCAUGUGGAACAAGACAUCAGACUGACAGAGGCUCUACGAACCGAAGGCAAAGGGGCCAAAGCCAGUGCAGCAUCAGCUCCUGCUGCUGCAGGCUCUGUCCUAACGCUGCUGGGGGUUUGUUUAUUUACUCUUUUUCUUUGA